AUGGGUACUGAGGAGAAGCCUCUUAAUCCUCUUGAUUCAAGCCAUGGUGUUUCUGCCUCUUCUUCAAAUCAGGCAGAGGAAUCGUCUGCUAUAACAGAAGAGACUUCUACAAAUGUUCAACAAUGGAGGCGAAAGAAUCUCUCUUUGCAGAUACCCUCAAGAGCAGCUGGUCUCUCUCCAGAAGACUCGGUGGUAAUCAAAAUGCCUCCAACGCCUAGUCCAACUCCAAGAAGAGUGAACUUUGCUUUGACUUCGACUUCGACAUCUCCAGGUCAUAAUCCUGCUUCUUCUUCUUCUUCCUCUUCUGCUGCUGUUCCUCCGCGUGGCAAAUCCUCCCUGAAGAAUCUAAUCCCAAAAGUUGGAUUCAAACCAAAAACCUCUAACACCGAUAUAGAGAAAGGACAUGGAGAUGUCUGUUCUCCUUCUGCAUUGCAGGAGAAGGCGUCAAUAUCAAGGUCAUUAUCACUCUCAAAGCUGUUUACGCCUCGGAUCAAGAGAACUUCAUCUCUACCUGUGACUCCCAUUGUUCUUUCAAACUCAGAGUCAGCUCAUGGAGGAAGCAGUGCUGCUCCUCAAACUCCAAGUAGCAAAGGGAGUGUCAAGAUAGCUCGCUCUCGCUCUGUUCCCGUCAGUGACAAGGAAGCAAGUCUCAAGGGAAUGGAUUCAUUCUUCAGAGUGAUUCCUUCGACUCCUCGUGUUAAAGAAGGAGACGUUUUCCCAAACGCAUCAGAGUCUGGUGAUGCUGAGACAGGUGAUGCUGCUGAUGGAGAAGACAUACCUGAGGAUGAGGCAGUUUGUAGGAUUUGUUUGGUAGAGCUCUGUGAAGGAGGGGAAACCUUGAAAAUGGAGUGUAGUUGCAAAGGGGAACUUGCUCUCGCCCACAAAGACUGUGCUCUUAAGUGGUUCACCAUAAAGGGUAACAAGACCUGUGAGGUGUGUAAACAAGAAGUCAAGAACUUGCCUGUAACACUCUUACGGAUCCAAAGCAUUCGAAAUUCUGGUAUUCCUCAAAUAGAUGUCACUGGUUACAGGGUUUGGCAGGAGGUCCCGGUUCUAGUAAUCAUCAGCAUGCUCGCUUACUUCUGCUUCCUCGAGCAGCUCCUGGUUGAGAAAUUGGGUACUGGUGCAAUCGCAAUAUCACUGCCGUUUUCUUGUAUUCUUGGUCUUCUUGCAUCCAUGACCGCAUCAACCAUGGUAAUGAGAAGAUUUGUCUGGAUUUACGCAUCAGUCCAGUUUGCUUUGGUUGUUCUCUUCGCUCAUAUAUUUUACUCUGUGGUGGCGUUGCAAGCAGUUCUGUCAGUACUUCUGUCAACAUUUGCUGGAUUUGGUGUCUGCAUAUGCGGAAGCUCAGUGAUGGUUGAGUUUGUGAGAUGGAAACGAAGAUGGCGAGCCAGAAGGCUAGAGCAGCAGCUGAACCAUGCUCAGACGCUGCAGCCAACACCACAACCGCUGGAUUCAACAACCUCUCAGCAUCAUCCAAAUGCCUCGUAG